AACACAACAAAAUCAAACCACCAUUGUAAAGCACCGUCGAUUUCCAUAUCCAGUACCUUUCAGAUUCCGAGCAUAUAAAACACAAUCAAAAUUUCAAAGAAGAAGAGAAGACGACAGAUCAGUUUGAGAAGAAGAAGAAGAAGAAGCAGCAGCAGAAGCAGAAUCAUCAUCAAUCAUGGCGACGGAGACUUGUACGCAGGCCUACGGCGAGCCCUCGUAUUGGGACAAUCGCUAUUCCAAUGAAUCUGGCCCCUUCGAUUGGUACCAGAAGUAUCAUUCCUUGGCGCCAUUGGUCAAUCUCUAUGUCUCUCGCCAUCAUCGCACCCUCGCCGUCGGUUGCGGCAACUCAGCAUUUAGCGAAGGCAUGGUCGAUGAUGGCUAUGAGGAUGUAGUCAAUGUUGAUAUAUCAUCUGUUGUGAUUGAAGCAAUGCAGAAAAAGUAUUGUAAUCUUCCGCAGUUGAAAUAUGUGAAAAUGGAUGUUCGUGAUAUGAGUACAUUUGAAACAUGUUCUUUCCAUGCCGUUCUUGACAAAGGUACCCUAGACUCUCUAUUGUGUGGAAAUAAUUCACGUGAAAAUGCAACUAGGAUGCUUGAAGAAGUUUGGAGGGUCCUCAAGGAAAAUGGAGUAUAUAUUUUGGUUACGUAUGGAGCUCCCACAUAUAGACUAAGUCUACUGAAACGUACUUUUUCAUUGAUAAAGCUUCAUGUCAUAGACAAAUUUGUUUCAGAGAAAAGGACUGACCCUCCAAAAUGGGACCUCUUGAAACCUGUUCCAUUUGACAACGAUGUGAGGACGCUAGAAACAAUGCUCGGGCAGAAUCCCGAUAUCCACUAUGUAUACAUCUGUACGAAGGAUUCUUCUUUGAAGACAGACGAAAAACAUGAAGUUGCUGUUGAGUGAAGGAAGAGCGUGAUAAGAGGUCAGAGACUUAAAGUUAAGAUGAAGAAUGGCUAAUAAGAGAAAUAAGAAUUCUCCGAUGAAUAAUACCGAUGCUUGAUUUGGUCCUCCAUUCGGUAUGUUUCCGCCAACUGAAAGCACACAAAAUACAUCCUUUUAUUGUCACUACCACUUUCAAUUUAUAUUAAUAAAAAAAUCUCGCAUACUUUACAUAUUUUAACUAUAUCAAAGAUGCAUAAUGAUGAGGAGAAUUAGAAGCAAUCAGUAUUUGUUCAUUUAGAUUAAUUAGUAUGAAAUUAGAAUUGAUAGUUAAUUGUGUUAUUUUCAUUGUAUGGAAUAGCAAAUUUGGGGUUUUAGGAAGAAACUUUUGGAUCAUAUUACAAUAUAAACACUCUAUGUUCUUAGAGAGUUUCUCUUCCUAAGGAACGAAUUUCCAUUAUUUGACUA